CCUAGAGGUUUUGUUUUUUUUUCAUGUACACCAGCGGCUCCCAAAGUGGGGUUCUCAGAGAGGGGGGCACACUAAGAGGCAAGGGAGCGGUCAGCAGAGCGCUGGACGUGAGACGCAUUGCUGGACUUUGAGAAUCUAGGUCAAGUUCAUCCAUUGUGUCGAAUCAGUCUUGUCGUAUUUGUCCAUUCAAUUUCUUUGCUGCCCAUCAUCCGAGGAUCACGGGGCAGUUUGCAACAUGGAAACACAAAAAUACAUAACAUAGGAAUAGAAGAAAGUAAAUAGUUUUAAUUGGCCUUUGAAUAAAUGCACAAUAAUUGGUACCUGUUUCUCAUUUUUGUGUGUCGUUAUCCUCCUCACUGCACACUGCUAUUCUGAGUAAGACUUUUUAUAGGGCUGGAUAGGAAGCGCUAGGGGUGAGUUUAUGGAACCAGAUAUAUAUCACACCCAAAUGACCACAAAAUCCAGCACCUUUGCUUUACCCUUUGCCCAACUUUUCAUUAAAAGUCUGGUUUUUUUCCUGCUUUAGAAAUAUGCCGCCAUCUUUCUAACCAGGCACCUGAGGUUAUCAGUUUUUGAUUAUGAACUUCAGCCCCACGGCUGAGCCCAGCUGGAUGCCCGCGCAGCAGCCGUGUCUCAUCCUGACUCCUGGGCUCUUUAACCUGCACGCUCCUUCCUUCGCAGAGCAAAAGUCGCCAUGGCAGAAGCCUCAGCCUCAAUACCUGGCUGGCCUGAUGAGGUGACCGGUCUGCUCUCCAACCUCCUGCUGUGUGUCGUGUCCCUGGGCUCCGCUGUUCAAACCUUCCAGAUCAAUCGCGGGACCUCUGCCGGGUUUCUCCUCCAGGCCCUUGUGCCCCUCCUGGAUACGGCCACCCACCUCGCCGCCCUUCCAGGGCUCGGUUUGGAGGCUGCCCGCCACAGCCCAGACAACGCCUGGGUCUCCACAGUGGUGGGGCUCCCCCUGCUCGCCUUUGGCUUCCACUGGCUGAAUGGGGACCAUGCCACGGCGAACGCCCUCUUGGGGGGCGCCCUGCUGCUGCUGCUGGCCGGCAGCUGGGGCUCCUUCUCCGAGGAAGGCAAGGCCAUGGUGGCCCACUCCGUCACCUCGGUGGUCUCCAUCAGUGUCCUGAUCGCUUCCAUCUUCACCGGAAACGCCUGCGGGAUUGCGGGCAGCCUCUUGGUGGGCGCAGCUGGGGUGCUGGCAGGGACCCAGUUGCGGCGGCUACUGGUGCUCCGGAAAGAGGACGCUGUCUGCUGCCUCAUGGCGCUGGCAAACAUGACUUUGCGGCGGGCUCUGCAAGCGCAGCACCGAGAACUGGACUGAGGGGGUGGGGACUGCGGGCAAGGGGGUCUGACGGGCAGUGGGGCCAUCGCAGCAUUAGGUGAGGCAGAGGAAAGGCUGACCAUGUCUGUUGGGUGCCGCAAAGAGGCUUGGGAAAUGGCCUCCAGGAAAGUCUUCAGGGAGCCUACGACUCUGGAAAGGUUGCUGCCUGUUUGGAUACUGCCAGGGAGACAGAGGCAUCAGGCAGCCUCAUCGUCGUCUCCGGACGAUCACCGGUCUCCCGUGGAAACAGCAUCAGCCAAUUAGCGACAUGAGCCUCAGACACAUUCCAAGACUCAUG